CCGAUCAUGUGCUUUUGUAUUGUAUGAUAACAAACAGUUGUUGGAGUCGUCAACCUGGAAGUCCACGUGAAAAGUCAGAAAUUACAUAAACCAUGGUAGCCAUAUCAUAAAGAAAGCAGUUAUGUCUGGAAGAAAAUUAGUGGAGGACGACGAUGGCAUACACUUUUUGAACAGUUUUGUUGACCUGCUGUUGGUUAUUGGUCUUGAUGACAAUUCUGGUCUCAUUCCAUAUGACGGGAAGGAAGAAGAAAGUAUUACAUUGGAAGAUUUAUUCCUCAUACAAUAUGAACCACAAGUUCUGUCGGCAGCUUCAUCAAAAGUAAUGAUGCAUUUCUUCCCUCAUGCACGACAAGAUUUAGACUAUCCACGAAUAAGACGGCAGCCAAAAGAUGACUACAUCUAUAAACGCACUGCAUUGAGGAGCAUAGAUAAUUUAACGCAAUCUAGAUUUCAUAAGACCGUGAACGUGUCAAGACACACUGCUCCAGUUAGUGUAAGUCGUCACAUGUCUAUCAGAGGCACGACUAUAAAGAAAAACAAGAUGGCCACUUCUGUCCCAGAAUUCCCUGUUUCAGAGGAAGUCAUUAAAAGUAUAACAACAUUUUGUUAUCCAGAUGGUAUGAAGGUGUUUCCAGAGAAACGAGAGAACUUUGUCCAUUUCCUUGUUUUGACAGAUAUAAUGGGGAAUAAGACCUAUGCCACAUGUUUGACAUUUAACAGAAGAUUUAUCAUAGAAAAGGGAGAAAAGUCCAAGAUAUGGAUGAACCUUGACACCAGUUCAGAUGACCUUGAGAAACAACAAGUUCGAUGUUAUAUACCACACUGCUGUGUACUCAUAUCAAAGUUUCCAUAUUUUACUGUAAUGAAAGAUGCAUUAUCAUACAUGGUAUCUCGCAUGGAGGCUGAUCCAGAAGAAAUGUACAGCCAUAUAAAAGAUAUAACCCAUACACUGACCAUGACUCCUAUUCCUCUUGCUGGCAGAUUGGCAUUGGAAGUUGAGAUUGAAGGAGAAUCUUUAUUUUUGUACCCACCAGAGAAACCUGAUAAACCAGUCAUAGAUAUACCUCUUCAUUUAGUCUUCCUGUGUUUCAAUAGCAAUGAGAUUUUGAAAAUUCUUUCUGCCAUUUUAUUGGAGGAGAGGAUUGUGUUCAUUUCAUCAAGUUAUGCUCUGCUGACCACGAUCAUGCAGAGUUUUCUAUACUUUAUUCUACCCUUUGAAUGGAGGUAUUCCUUUGUCCCCAUUCUGACCAUAGAAGCAUUGGAAUUGUUAGAAGCACCAGGGACGUUUAUGAUGGGAUGUCAUAAAAUACACAGAAAAGAAGUGGAACAGAUAGAGGGCGUUGUUGUGGUAGAUAUAGACGAAGGAUCAGUGGCUGUUAACCCUGUUAUAGAAAUGACAACAAACCAGUCAGAUAGUAUAGAAAGUUUAAUUGACAUACCUGAAAUACCAGAUGAGGCUGCAAAGUUAUUUUUUAAAGUCUGUAAGAGGGCGCUGUAUCAACAUGACUUAGUAGAGUUACAAAGGCCAGUGUGCUUUGACAUCAGAAAAAGAAGAAAGAUGGAGAAACUAAAAAUACAACAGCUGAACUCUAGUAUCACUGCUGGUUGUUUGGAACUCAUGGUUAAUUUAUAUAGGGGUGUAAUGUCAGAAAUCCGAUUAGAACAUCAGAGAUUUAACAAGCAAGCUUUCCUGGACAGCAUACAGGGCCUAGAUAAAAAGUUUUAUGAAAGAGCUUUGAAUACGGACAUGUUUAAGAUUUUCCUGAAAGAUAGAAUGUCACAGAAACAGGACUACUGGUCACAGCUGGAAGUGUUGACAAGACCACAAGUUAAAAAAGCAGGGGGAUCAGAUAAACUGGCUAACAGGAGAGCUCAGCUGAAGAAACAGGUAUCAGUCACAUUCUUACCAGGUUUACUGACAAGGAAAGAAACAAAGAUCUUCAAGUUACCACGGAUACAACGCAGCUUAAGAACAUACAUUAUCAAUACUAUAGAUCAGCUAUCUGAUUGUUGGCAGAAAAGUAAUGACCUUCAAGAUCGUGCCUCUUACCUAUAUCUACGAGGAGCAUUUUACCUGGCUGAUCAUAAAGCCAUAGAGGCGUUAGGUGAUUUAACAAGACUGGCAGAGAUAGAUAUAUCCUUAGUACCAGAACUAAUGGUAAAACAAGCGUACCAGAAGAUUCCAGAGGAUGAAAAGUAUGAGAUUUUAAUGAGACCAGGGAUACAGCAUCUCUCUGAACUGUUACAUCUGGAGAGUGAUGGGAACCAGUCACCAAAAGUACAUACUAAGUUUGAGGAACCAGUCAAACUUCCUGACCAUGACCUCAAUUUUGAAGAAUUUCGACGAUUUGUGACUAUGUUGGAGAUGACACAAGAUAUGGAGACCGUGAUGAGACUCUUCCAAGCUUUAGAACUCAACCAACAUAAUGGAUAUGAUAAAGUAGACAUUGGAACAUUUGAGACAUUUAAUCAUUGUUAUCAAGAGAAUCUGGAGCAUUGUUUAAGGGUGGAGGAAUCCAUUUUAGAUCAUGAAGAAUAUGUGCUAAAGUUGUCUCUACUCUGUAAAACUGAUGUGGGGUCUGGUAGGAUUGUACUUACCAAUAAAAGGUUAUUGUUCAUGAAGGAUGGUUCAAUGGAGUGUACAGAAGUAACAAAGAUUAGAGAUAUUAUCCUGAUUGAACAGAAACAACUUAAGUCUUUCUUUAAAACAAUUGAUGUGCUGAGGAUUCACAAAAAAGAUGAUGCAAAGUUCACUGCCUGGUUGAAGGACGAAAGAGAUCAUUGGUUUAUACUGCUACAAGAAUUAUGGGCUGGUAAGGUCGUUUCUAUGGGAACCAAGGACAUCAUGGCUGCCAACAAAGCUGCCAAUAAUGUACAACUGGUUGAUGCUUUCCUGAAAAGUUCUCAGGACCAAGAUACAACUCACCAUGACAACCCUAUGCAGGCUGUAACAGAACUCUGUUUUUACACACGUUACAUGAAGGAGAAAAGACAUGAACUUCCACGAGAAACACUCGAGACAUUGGUCAAUAGGAUUGACCCUUGUUCUGGAGAAAGUCUCAGACAAACUGUCCAAUCAUUAUUGUACACUCCUGGUGAUCCCCAACAGCAUGUUUUACCAAGACUCUGGUGUGGUAUGGGAGAUGGAAAAAUCAAAAUAUUUGAUGCAAUGGCGUGGAACUUAGAAUCACACUUUAUACAGACAAAGACUGCUGUGAUGUGUCUUGCUGAUGUUGGUGGGAGACAGAUUUGGGCAGGAUCUUAUUAUAUCUACAUCAUUGAUGUACAGACUCUGAGAUGUAACAGAGCUCCACUGACUGACCAUGCUGACUCAGUCGUCAGUAUUGUUGUUGUUAAUGAUGGCAGAUAUGUAUACACAGCUAGUGCAGAUGGUGACAUUCUGAAGUGGGAUGUUCAGACAAUUACAGUCGUAGAAAAAUGUCGGGAGAAAAUCAAAGAUCUGAGAAGACUCAAAUUCUAUAAUGGUUUCUUAUGGUGUGGAACCAAGGUUGCUGUGUACAGGAUUGACUUGAGUGGGAAUCUGUUACAGAAAUAUCCACUUAUUGUUCAGAGUAAAGCUGUCAAGGCUGGUGAAGUAUCUCCAGAAAUUGAUAGUUUCCAUAUCAGUGAAAGUGGAGAGAUAUGGGCUGGCUAUAGACGGUCUGGUAUUAUACUGAUAUGGGACAGUUCACAAGGGACACUAAAAGAAAUAAUAGAUAUACCAAAAUGCGAAGGAAUAAGUUCUAUCGUACAACAGGAAAACAAGGUUUGGGUCGGAAGCAAAGAUGGUAUCAUACAUAUUAUCAAUACAGAAACAAGAAAAGUGGUCAAACGUCUUCAGGCUCACGAUGAUGCAGUCAGGGCUUUGUGUUGUGCAGAAAACAGAUACAUUAUCAGUGGGGCAGGGAGUCGGGAUGGGCGUAUUGCAAUGUGGAGUUCUACAGACACAAAGACAGCCUCAGGAAAAUUCAUACUAGAUGAAUAAAUACAUAUUUAGUCCUUCAUUCAUAACUUAAUAUUAUCUAGUCAAGAAAUGAGCUGUGUCAAGUAGAAUUCAAACUUAUGCAAAUGAAUAUCAUACAUCUGUGAACCAACAUGUAUUUCUGUUUGAAAAAAUCUUUUUGCAAAAUCUGUUACUCGAUGGAAAUGAAAUUAAGGAUGUUUGCUCCUCUCUUUUUUGAUUUUUUGCCAGAUUUUUGGUAUCCUCUGGUUUUAUCCAUGUAUUUUUAUUAUAAAAAUUUGCCCACAAACCCCUACUUUUCUUUUCAUAACUUUAUAUAUAGUUUAAAAGGCAAUAUUUCAAAAUUUUAUAAAAGAUAUUUUUUCAUUGUUUUUGAAACAAUUAAGGUGCCAAUUGAGAGAGAAUUAUUUCCAGCAGAAUUUUCAAUGGCUAAUAUCUCGGAAAUGAGCACACAGACCCUCCAUUUUUUGCUACUUUUUUAGUUUCUUUACUUAUUUGCUACAGUCCUUUAAAAAGCUUGUUAUUUUUUAACAGGGUAGCGAACAUCCUUAAUAGAAUAACCCUAUCAAACCAAAAUUCAUUUUUUAUUGAAAUGUACUUAAAGGAAUCAAAAUCAAAAGCAAUGUACAUUUUAUACAUGCACUCAAAUGAGGUCAGUUUCUAUCUAAGGCAGCUCAUAUACUAAUGUUAGAUUUUCAACAUGUUAGCUUUAAAUAGGGUGCAUAUUAAAAUUUAAUACAACAAUCAAAUUGUAGGAAUAUUGUAACUCAGGUACAAAUUGAGAGUGAAAUUAUGUUUUUCUGUCUUUGUUUUCAAAACUAUGAUUAAAUAGGACAACAAGGGUGGUAGUACCAGGAUUCUAUUAAUUAACAUAAGGUCAAAAUGAAAAAGCUAUAAUCAAAAUCUACAUUAUACUACUUUGUUGCUUAAAUUCAGCUGCUUAUGGGUAGAAUUAUUUUAAACCAUGUGACUAAGGAAUAUUCGAAGUACUCAACAAUAUAGUUGGUGGAAUUUUUUCAUCUAAGGAAAAUAUGAUUAUUUGUUGGUGAAGAAAUUUUCAAAUCACCCUAAACCAAGGGGAAAAUUUUUAUGUU